ACACCAAAUGAGUGGAUAUAAAGUGAGGAACAGUCUCCCAAUCUAUUACCUCACGCGAACGAAGGGGUUAGAUUGCCUAACAGUAGCUAAAGACAGGUGCACAGUUCAUCAUAGGUGCUGAAGUUGGAUACUGCUCAUUAAAGGAUCGAAACUUUUAUAUUUCAAAGAAAUUGCUGAAAUCCUUAUUGGUAUUUUCUAAUUAAAAUCAUUAGAUCUUAGAUUUUGGGAGGAGAAAAAGUGUUAUUUUUCUUUGCCUGUGUCUGUCUGUCUGUCUGUCUGUCUGUUCAGUGGCUGAGCCGAUGUGCCGCAGCUGUCGCUGACGGGCUGUCUGGCGGGUGUUACGUAAGAUAGGCACCACGGGUGGCAGGAGGAAAGGCUCCCCUUGUAUUGCGAGGCGCCAAAAUUAGGAACCAAAGGAAGAGUUUUGAUCAGUUUUCCUCGUAUGGGCCACGCUCACCCUCGGCCCAUACACGCCGGCCACAAGGAAGCGUGCGUCCCGGCAAGGCCUAUCGCGUUAUGGGACAGCGGAGGUGGUGCUGGGCGACAGCCUCACGCACCUUCAGGCUAGCCGUGCUACUGGGGGGCGCUGCUUCCUUACUACUGAUGCCGCUGCUGCUGACAACGUCACAAUGGCGCCGUGCCUGUGACGGCGCGGUGCGGCGCAGCGACACGGACGUGCCCUCAGCGUUGCUGUGGACGAUGAUGCGCUCCGGCUCGCGCCUGACGCAGAAGCUACUUGACGCUGAGUCGUGCUCCUUCGUUACGGAGGAGCCGCUGCGGAGCCUCCUUCCCGAGGGUCUCAAUGCCUCCCUCAGCAUCCUUCAGGACCUGCUGUCCUGCAGGAUGGUGGAGCGCCCAGACCUUACGUCGCAUUUCAUCAACGGCUCCCACCCGGUGGAUCACCGUGUGCGCACGUCGUGCAGCGACUACCCGAAACUGUGUUGGGACGGUGUGCUGGCGGAGGCCGUGUGCCGGGUGUCCUGCUUCAGGCUGGUACGGGUGGUGGCCCAGGGCCUCUCCGUGGCCAAUGUCCUUCUGCAGGACUACGGCUCCAACGCCCACGUCGUCCACCUGGUAAGGGACCCCCGGGCCAUGUUCUCCUCCAGGCAGGACCUUGUAAACAGCCGGUACAUAAUGUUCGCACAUGGCAAGAAGGAAGAGUUUAUGCACGCGGUGGAUAUGAGGCUGCCCAUCCUGUGCCAGCGUUACCGCGACGACCUGGUCAUGGCCACGCACCUGGCCCUCAACAGCCCCGACAGAUACACGCUGCUGCGGUACGAGGACCUCGUGCACCGCCCCCACGAGGAGGUGCGCCGCCUAUACGCCUUUCUGGGCCUGCCGUACACGGCCCGGGUGGACACCAUAGUCGGCGAACACAUGCUGGGGGUGUACUCCUCGGAGUCGGAGGAACACCCGUUCUCCACCAAGAAGAAAGCGAGCGGCGUCGUGUUCGCGUGGCGGCGCCGCUUGCCCUUCAGUGAGGUGGACAGGAUCCAGCAGGAGUGCGGCGACGUGCUGCGCGCCUACGGCUACAGGCACUUCACGCGGCGGCAGUACGAGGAGGGGCAGGACUCGCCCCUGCUGCCCCUGCCCCCGCCCUGGGCCGCCAGCGGGCACGGCCAUGGCGGCGGCGACGGCUAGGAUAGAACGAGAAAGUGAGUUAAAACUGGAUUACGGGUAUGCAGGUGUGUACAAACCUAAAUAAACAAACCUUACAGAUGU